AUGUGGUUUUCUUCAAAGAGAAGUUAUUGUUACUCUAAGAACUGGCAUGGUGCCCACGUGUGCACCAACUUCAGCUCUUCCUUGUGGAUACUAUGUUUUUGUUGGUGCUUCAUGGCAAUAAAAAGCCAGAACUACCACCCCACUGUGAACACACAGUAUGGUAAGCUGCGAGGGGUCAGGGUACCCCUACCCAGUGAGAUCCUGGGGCCAGUGGACCAGUAUUUAGGGGUUCCCUAUGCUGCUCCCCCUGUUGGAGAGAAACGUUUCCUGCCCCCAGAACCCCCCUCCUCAUGGUCAGGCAUCAAGAACGCUACCCACUUUGCCCCUGUUUGCCCCCAGAACAUCCACAAUGCAGUGCCAGAGAUUAUGAUGCCAAUAUGGUUCACCUUCAACCUGGAUAUAGUGACCACGUUCAUACAGGACCAGCACGAGGAUUGUCUUUACCUCAACAUCUAUGUUCCCACAGAAGAUGUCAAAAGAAUAUCCAAGGAAUGUGCCAGGAAACCCAACAAGAAAAUGUGUAGAAAAGGAGGGUCCCAUUCAAAAAAACAGAACGGGGAUUUGUCGGAUAACGACGGUGAUGAAGACGAAGACAUUCGAGACACUGGAGCCAAGCCGGUGAUGGUCUACAUCCACGGGGGAUCCUACAUGGAGGGGACCGGCAACAUGAUCGAUGGUAGUGUGCUGGCCAGCUAUGGAAAUGUCAUCGUGAUCACUCUCAACUACCGCGUUGGCGUCCUGGGAUUCCUCAGUACCGGAGACCAAGCUGCAAAAGGGAACUAUGGACUUCUGGACCAGAUCCAGGCUCUGAGGUGGAUCAGUGAAAACAUUGGCUUCUUUGGGGGAGACUCUAACCGCAUCACUGUGUUCGGCUCUGGGAUUGGGGCUUCAUGUGUCAGCCUGCUCACACUCUCCCACCACUCAGAAGGUCUGUUCCAUCGAGCCAUCAUCCAAAGUGGCUCGGCCCUUUCCAGCUGGGCGGUGAACUACCAGCCGGUCAAAUAUACCCGUCUGCUGGCCGAGAAGGUGGGCUGCAACGUUCUGGACACCCUGGACAUGGUGGACUGCCUCAGGAAAAAGAGCUCCCGGGAGCUGGUGGAGCAGGAUAUCCAGCCAGCCCGCUACCACGUUGCCUUCGGGCCAGUCAUCGAUGGAGACGUAAUUCCGGAUGAUCCAGAAAUUCUGAUGGAGCAGGGGGAAUUUCUUAACUAUGACAUCAUGCUGGGGGUCAACCAGGGGGAGGGUCUGAGAUUUGUGGAGAAUGUUGUGGAUUCGGAAGAUGGCGUCUCCGGGAAUGAUUUUGACUUUUCCGUGUCGGAUUUUGUUGACAGUUUGUAUGGAUACCCGGAAGGCAAGGAUACCCUUCGAGAGACCAUUAAGUUUAUGUAUACAGAUUGGGCUGAUAGGGACAACCCAGAAACAAGGCGCAAAACUUUGGUGGCUCUUUUCACAGAUCACCAAUGGGUGGAGCCUUCAGUGGUAACAGCGGAUCUACAUGCCAGAUAUGGAUCACCCACAUACUUUUACGCCUUUUACCAUCACUGCCAGAGUCUGAUGAAGCCGGCCUGGUCUGACGCAGCACACGGAGACGAGGUGCCCUAUGUGUUUGGGAUUCCCAUGAUUGGACCCACUGACCUGUUCCCCUGUAACUUCUCCAAGAAUGACGUGAUGCUGAGUGCUGUGGUCAUGACCUACUGGACCAACUUCGCCAAGACUGGAGACCCAAACAAACCGGUUCCUCAGGACACCAAGUUCAUCCACACCAAGGCCAACCGCUUCGAGGAAGUGGCCUGGUCCAAGUACAACCCCCAGGACCAGCUGUAUCUGCACAUUGGCCUCAAGCCCCGUGUCCGCGACCACUACCGUGCGACCAAAGUGGCCUUCUGGAAACACCUCGUGCCACAUCUGUACAACCUCCAUGACAUGUUCCACUACACCUCCACUACCACUAAAGUGCCCCCACCCGAGACCACCCAAAACACGCUCUCCACCAAACGCCCCAACGGUAAAAACUGGCCCUUCAACACCAAGCGUCCCCCAAUGUCCCCGACGUACAACAGUGAAGACACCUUAGGAGACGAUGAGGAGACCGGACCUCUUGUGGUGGAGAAUCCAAGAGACUACUCCACUGAGCUGAGCGUUACCAUCGCUGUGGGGGCUUCUCUUCUGUUCCUUAACGUUUUGGCAUUCGCAGCACUGUACUAUCGUAAGGACAAGCGGCGCCAGGAUUCAGGACAUGGUCAACCAAGCCCACAGCGUCAGACAACCUCCAAUGACAUCGGACACCACGCGCCCGAGGAGGAGAUCAUGUCUCUGCAGAUGAACCAGACCCAUCACGAGUGCGACGCGGGCAACGCCAAUGAGGGAGCGAUCCGAUUGGCUGCUCUGCCGGACUACACACUCACCUUAAGGCGCUCCCCGGAUGACAUACCCCUCAUGACGCCUAAUACCAUCACCAUGAUCCCAAACUCUCUGGUGGGCAUGCCCAAUCUGCACCCAUACAACACCUUCACCACGGGCUUCAACUCCACUGGUCUGCCCCACUCGCACUCUACCACCCGGGUAUAG